AUGGAAAUACACAUGUUUUUCAUACUUUGGAUUUUUGUGAUGCCUUAUUUUACAGACUCAACUGCAGCUAAAGCCAGAAAUCUUGCUUUAUAUGGCAAGGCCACACAUUCAGACCUGGUUGAGAAUCCUUGGUCAGCAGAUGGCCAUGCCAGUAAUGCUAUUGAUGGAAAUCAUGACUCACAUUAUGAUCAUGGAUCCUGUACUGCUACUACAAUGCAAAAUGACCCAUGGUGGAGGUUAGACUUACUAGACAAGUAUGUAGUGACCUCCAUAACUAUCACCAACCGAAAAGACUGCUGUCUUGAACGGCUUGAUGGAGCUGAGAUACACAUUGGGAACUCUCUGCUGAACAACGGCAACAGCAAUCCUUUGGCUGGAAAGAUUUCAUCCAUUCCAGGUGGGAGAUCCCUCACUUUCAAAUGGAAGAAAGGCAUUCCAGGCCGUUACAUCAAUGUGGUCAUACCUGGAUCUAAUCGACUUCUUACCCUCUGCGAGGUCGAGGUUUAUGGUUAUCCAGCUCCUGAUGGUGAAAAUGUGGCUUUAAAAGGGAAAGCUACACAAAAAAACGUCCUUGAAAACGGUUUUGCAUCCAAUGCCACUGAUGGGAACAAAGAUGGUGAUUACAAUCAUGGAUCCUGUACCCUCACCCAAAAAAAACUCAAUCCCUGGUGGAGACUGGACCUACUAAAAAGGCACAAAGUGUUUUCAGUAGUAAUAACAAACAGAGAAGAUGGCUUUUCUGAAAGAUUAAAUGGGGCAGAAAUCAGAAUUGGGAACAGUCUGGACAACAACGGCAAUAACAAUCCCAGGUGUGCUGUGAUCUCUUCCAUUCCUCCUGGUUUUUCCUCCACCUUUGAAUGUGAUGGGAUGGAAGGACGUUACAUUAAUGUUGUUAUUCCUGGACGGCAAGAAUAUCUUACACUGUGUGAGGUUGAAGUGUAUGGAUCACCACUGGAUUGA